CAACAACAAUCCUCUAGGCAGCAGUUCGAAAUCACAAGGUUUUUUUUCUUCUCCCUUCCUUGAUCGUCUCAAUUAAUUUUCUGAAGGGUAAGAGCGAAGGAAUUGCACUUGAACGGCCCUUUUCAAGUCUACCCAUCUAUCUAUUCAAUAAUUCAGUCAAAAGACACCAAUUGUUGUGCUCUAUAUUAUCCACACCUACGGUGCUAUUGGAUAUGGCAACUCUUAAUCUGUCAACCAACGGGCCCUCAAUAACGAAGAGCUAUCAGUCGGUAGUCAACUCGUCCGUCUCAGGGUCUGCGACUUCCGCAAAGUGGGCGCUUUUUUCAGUUUCUACGCCUCUGUUGAGCGCCUUCCAACAAGACGCUGGUAACAAAGAGAGUGUUCUUAAGGUGCAAGAUACAGGAGAGGGCGAACUUGUGGAUCUUCUCGACGAAUUUUCCGAAGGGAAGAUACAAUUUGCUUUUGUUAAGGUCACCGACACCAACACAGGACUCCCGAAAAACGUUCUCAUCGGAUGGUGUGGAGAAGGGGUUCCUGAGCGUACAAAGGGGUAUUUUACCAGCCACUUAUCUACAGUUUCAAGGUUUUUACAUGGCUAUCAUGUCCAAAUCACUGCUCGUUCAGAUAGGGAUUUGACGGCAGAAGGUAUUAUCCAGAAAGUCGGCGAUGCUUCUGGUGCCAAGUAUACUUCGGGCACUGACCAGACAACUGUCUCCGCACCCAAGCCCCCGGUUUCAAGUAAACCUGUUUUCAAUCCCCUUCGAACCGGCGGAGUCAAUGCAUCCGCACCAGCACCAAUUCCACUGAGAAUGAAGCCAGGAGAUGAUGACGGCUGGGGCCCCGAUGCGCCACCAGUCAUGCGGACAAACCUCGAAAAGGUUCAACCUGCAUACCAGCCGACCAAGGUUAACAUGCGCGAACUCAAGUCGGAGAAGCAACCUGAAAUAGAUGUGGCCCGUAGCCAUUCAGAUGAAACUUCAGAGGUUGUGGUUAAGGGCGGAUAUCAACCGAUUGGUAAAGUAGAUAUUGCUGCCAUUAGGAGACAAGCACGCGAAGCAGGAAACUUGAAGGAUGAUCGCCCCGAACCCGUGAAGGGCGCUUAUGAACCGGUGGGUAAGGUUGAUAUUGCUGCAAUCCGUGCUAGAGCACAAAAGCCAGACGACCUUCCAGGGGCAACUACGGGUAGUGCCCCUCUAUCAGAAAGUACUCCGGAGACCCUGAACGAAGCUGAACCAUCCACUCGUCCUAUCUUACCUAGUCACUCGGGACGAUUGACCAGUCUACCAAAACCAAAGGUCUCGAACAAAUUGGGCGGUGGCUCGACAUUCUUGGGAACAAAGCCCCCUCUUCCCAAUGAUAACUCUGCAAAGGCAUCUCCAUCUGUACAGGUUGGCAGUGCGAGCAGGACAUUUGCUGACCAAGGAGGUAAAACCCCCGCGCAACUUUGGGCAGAACGGAAGGCAAGGGAGCGUGGUCAAGAGUCUAAUGUUGGUGUACCGCCACUUAACCCGACACCACCUGUUGUUCAAAGCCAACAUAGUGGGAGCGGGGAAUGGAAAAGCUCCUAUAGUGGAAAGACUUGGGCACCAGUUCAGACUACACAUACUGGAAAGUCUGUAGGGAGCAGUUCUAAUCAGGCUGCGGAUUUCACUGCCAAUGACAUUCAACAUGCAGAGCCGGAUAUUCCCCAGCAAAGCGUUAACACUAUCCGUGACCAGCUCCUACAGGUGCAGCCGAAGGAUUCUGCUGAUGAGAACUUUGCUGACACCUUGGCCCCCUCGCCUCUCCACGGGUCCUUGGCACAAUCAAUUGAACCAGAGACUUUUCAAGAACCGGAAGUUCACGAAGUCCUUCCACCUCGCCCUCAACCACCUCGGUCUCCAACACCGCCCAGCCCAGUACGUGACGUUUCACCGAUUCGUGUUGCAAUGCCUGUUGGAAGCGGAACCGCCGAUAUUGAAGAUGAACAUGAUGCACCACUGACAGCUACACACGUUGAAAGCUCCCAGCAAGAACUGCUAAGUGAUAAAGAUCUUAUCGAGGCGCCGGCUGUUAGCUCAGCGGCAUCCCAAUCCAUUGGUGGCGGUAGUUUCCCAGCGGAUGGUAUUAAGGCCCUCGUGCAGUAUGAAUACGAAAAAGCUGAGGAUAACGAGAUUGACCUGAGAGAGGGAGAAUACGUGACUGAAAUUGAAAUGGUUGACAAAGAUUGGUGGCUGGGUCUCAAUACUCGAGGAGAGAGGGGCCUCUUUCCAAGCAACUACGUCGAACUUGUCAAAGAUGAUCCACACAGCCACCCUGAAUCCGAUGCGCAGACGCGUACGGUGGAGGCGAUUGCUCCUGAACCUACUCCAGAGCACCAGCCCGAACCCGAAUCCGAACCGGCUCCAAGCUCUGGCAAUAGGCCGACUGCGAAAGCUUUGUAUGAUUAUGAAGCUGCUGAAGAUAACGAACUUAGUUUCCCUGAGGGGGCUGAAAUUAAAAAUAUCGUAAGUGCUCAAACCCCUCCGGGGCCAACCUUUCACAUCAGUUCGCUACAUACUCCUCUCCGGUUUUCUCGGCAUUCGUGUUUCCGUCUCUUAAUUGACUAGGAAUGGCUUUACUGAUCAUUCUACUAUUUAGGAAUUUCCUGAUGAUGACUGGUGGCUUGGUGAAUACCGUGGUAAUUCUGGACUUUU